AUGUUUUUUGGUUUAUUAUUUUUCAUAAGUAUUUCCUUUUUAAAUUCUCAAUACAAGCAAAAGCCACGUAAAAUCGUUUUUCACAAUCAAUCAGUAGGAACAUCGAAAACAUCAUUAGUACAUGCUGAACAGCAAAUUACGAUUUCAUUAAAAACUUCUUCAAUGCGUUGUAUUGUAUGUGUACGUACUCGUUUAGGGCGUCUUGGUAAUCGAAUGUUUACUAUCGCUAGUGCUUAUGCUCUGGCACGUCUUCAUUCUUGUCAUUUGUUUUUUCUAAUUUCAACAUUAGAAGAAAUUAGGGAAGUCUUUAUCUUUCAUCUUGAGCCGUUUCUUUUACCUACGUUUAUCUUCAACAGAUCAUGGAGAAAUGUUUCUCAUCCAAUGAAGAAAAUUAGCAGAGAUAUUGCUUGUCAAUAUGUUCCUGAACUGACACAUCCGAAUACAAUACCUUCGAAACAUAUAUUUGAAUUACAAGGUUUUUGGCAAUCGUACUUAAAUUUUGAUAAAUAUCGUGAUGAACUGCGAAAUCGUGUUUUUGUGGCGAGGCCAUCAGUUCUUGAGAGAGUCUCAAAGUUAUUUAUCGAUAUCUAUGAAGAAAAGUUUCACGUCAUACCUCAAUUUUCAUCAGAUAAUCAUCAAUUAUUUAAAAACCAAUUAGCUCAAUUGAACUGGACAAUAUGGAUUGGAAUUCAUGUGCGGCGUGCAGAUUUUGUUUCCUUACAAUUUGCUUCGUCUGAUGAAUAUUUAUUUGCUGCUAUUGAAUAUUAUACAGAACGUUAUUCGAAUGCUCAUUUUAUAGUUGCUAGUGAUGAUAAACGCUACUGUAGAAAACUAUUUCGUAAUCGAGCAAAUAUUUUUCUAGCACCAAGAUCAUUUGACGAGGGUGACGAUCUAAUAGCAUUAUCACUUUGUCAACAUUCAAUCAUAACUGGUGGAACAUUUGGUUGGUGGGCAGGUUAUCUUGCUAGUGGUGAAGUCAUCCACGAUACUGCGUCUCAAGCUGGCUGUGAACAACGUGAAUAUUAUUAUCCGCCAUGGUUCAAAACUAUUGAAAAUGCACGAAAAUUAUUAGCAACACUUACUCAUGGUUUUCCACAAUUUCCAACUUCACCAAUGUCUGCACAACAGCCAGCUAUUGUUAAACCCUAG